AUGUAUGAAGGUGGAUGCCAGGUGCCAGACCGCGACUUCUGGUACGAGGAGGCGCGCGCGGCGCUGCGGCAGCGACUCAGCCUGGCGGGGCAGACGCGGCCGGCGCCGCGCGCCAAGAACGUCAUCCUGAUGGUGGGCGACGGCAUGGGCGUCUCCACCGUGACGGCGGCCAGGAUCCUGCGCGGCCAGCGCCAGGGCCGCCCGGGCGAGGAGGCCACCCUGGCCUGGGACCGCUUCCCCACCGUGGGCCUGGCCAAGACGUACAACGCCGACGCCCAAGUGGGCGAGUCGUCGGCCUGCGCCACAGCCCUCAUGUGCGGCGUCAAGGCCAACUUCGAGACGGUGGGUCUGGACGCCCGGGCGCGCUUCGAGAACUGCGCCUCGACGUACGCGUCACGCGUGCCCUCGCUACUGACUUGGGCGCAGCAAGAAGGCAAGGCGACGGGCGUGGUGACCAACACGCGACUGACGCACGCCACGCCGGCGGCGCUCUUUGCGCACGCCGCGUCGCGCUACUGGGAGGACGACGGCAAAGUGCCGUCCAGCAGCCGGCGGGUGUGCAAGGACAUCGCCAGGCAGCUCGUCGAGGACGAGCCCGGCCGCUCCGUCAACGUACUGCUGGGCGGCGGGAGGCGCCACUUCCUGCCCAAGGUGGCGCGGGACCCCGAGGCGCCGCACGAGGAGGGCCGGCGGCUGGACGGCCGCAACAUGGUGGACGACUGGGUCCGCGACAAGAAGAAGCGCGGCCUGCACGCGCAGUACGUGUGGACCAAAGCGCAGCUGCAGGCGGCCGCGGCCACCACGCCACCCUCGUCCUCCUCCUCCUCCUCGUCGUCGUCGUCGUCGUCCUCGACGGCCGACAACAUCGCCGACCCCCAGCAGGCGAGCGGCGUCCCGCCCGGCGUGCCGGCGGCCGUGUCGACCAGCAACCAGCGACCGGACUACAUCCUCGGUCUUUUCUCCUACUCGCACAUGGACUUCGAGGCGGACCGGGACGCGGGGCCCGACGGCGACCCCUCGCUCGCCGACAUGACCAGGGCCGCCUUGGCCGUGCUGCAGCGCAACCCUAGAGGCUUCUUCCUCUUCGUUGAGGGGGGUCGCAUCGACCACGCGCACCACUACAACAACGCCUACCGCGCCCUCGACGAGACCCUGGCGCUCGAGUCGGCGCUGCUGGCUGCCAUGGAGCUGGUGGACGUCACGGAGACCCUCAUCGUGCUCACGGCCGACCACUCGCACGUCCUCACGCUGGGCGGGCUGGCCACGCCCAGGGGCAACCCCAUCCUGGGCGUGGACUCCAAGGUGUCGGACGUGGACGGCAUGCCGUACUCGACGCUGCUCUACGGCAACGGCCCCGGGUACAGCGUGCCGCGCACGGUGCCGGCCAACCUGACGCACCAGGCGGCGCCGGGCACCUCGGCCGCCGUCGAGGAGGACGAGGAGGCCCGCAACAGGGUGCACGGCGCGGCCGUGCCCCGGCAGUGGGCCACGCACGGCGGCGAGGACGUGCCCGUCUACUCGCAGGGCCCGCUGGCGGGCGCGCUGCUCGGCGGCGUCAUGGACCAGACCUUCCUGCCGCACGCCAUCGCCUACAUUGCCUGCUUCGCCGAGUUCGCCGACCGCUGCAAGAGCGGCAACGACAACUACACGGCACCGCCCAUGCCACAGAUGUGCGUGGCGCCGGAGGUGAGCAGCAUCUCGUCGGGGGCGAGCGGCCACUCGCCCGAGGUGGUGGCGUCCAGCGUCAUGGCGGAGCACGGCAAGACGCUGCACAGCGGCGCGCUGGCGCUGCGCUACGGCCGCGCGCUCCUCGCCGCCCUCUUCGCCGUCCUGGUCGCCAACGGCGCGCACGCCGCGCUCCUGGCCAUGGCCGCCGUAGGCGUGACGUAGCACAGCCCCCGGACACCGAAGGCACCGGCUCAAGACAAUGAGGGGGUAGGAUCAAGGUGCACAGCACCCGAACUUAAACCGUACGAGCCAUGGACAUGACGUAGUGAGUUUUGAAAUCGACUGAUCUCGGAUUUCCCGCAGUGGAAAUCAAACCCUAACUAUAGUUGUGGUCACGUUUAAGGAUAAGAAAAGCCUUAAUUUCCGACCAAUAGAUGCGUGUGGGCGUGCUCUCUAAAAUUGUUAAAUUUAAAAAAGAGCCAAGAUGUUCUCUUUAUGUGAUGAAAAUGAAAAUUACGAGGGACAUGUAUUCAUCAGUAUGUUUAAGGUAGCGAAGUUCCGGCCGAAGUAGCCCAUCAAAGCUUUCGAAAUGUGUUUAUCAUUCAUAAUUCAUUGACCCCUAUCUGUAAGGCAAGGGUACUUCAGUCUGUUCUUCUUUUCUCGACAGUGUAAAUAGGAGAUAUUAUUUUUCAAAUUGAGAUUUGUAAAUAUAAAGUUAAAUUAAUACUACUUAAGUCCAACGUUGUUUAAUGUUUAAGAAGCUCAUGAGGCAUUCGAAUUUUUCGCGAUAAUUUUUCACUCGUUCCAACAAAGCUGACGCAUGAUCAAUUUUUGUACCAGUCAUUUUUUGGAACCGUUCACUGAACUUGUCUUCAACUACAGGGAACGCAGCUUUUCCAACCGCACCCACAGAGUACCUCGAUUCACCCAAAUUGUACUUCAUCGAAAGCUAUACCUUUGUGAUCAUGUAUUUUAUGUACUUAAAUUAUAUGUACAUAACUUCAUCCCUUCUAAUAAAUAUGAAUCUAAAACACGA